GAGGCCCUCUCAGUAGUUGUUACUGCUGCGGCUGGCGCCGCUAGGUAGAGAUGGCGAACGCAGCUUGGCUGCUGGGGCGGCGGGAGAUAAGCCGGAGGCUGCGGUGGUGGGUACCGCCGCUCGCGGGCCUAGUUUCCCGACGGGCCCACUCGCUAUUGCCCGUGGACGAUGCGAUCAACGGGCUGAACGACGAGCAGAAGCAGCUUCGACAGACCAUGGUUAAGUUUCUUCAGGAAAACUUGGCCCCCAAGGCCCAGGAGAUUGAUCAGAGCAACGAGUUCAAGAACCUGCGCGAGUUUUGGAAGCAACUGGGGAGCCUGGGAGUAUUGGGCAUCACAGCCCCUGUUCAGUAUGGUGGCUCAGGACUGGGCUACCUGGAACAUGUUCUAGUGAUGGAGGAGAUCUCCCGAGCUUCUGGAGCAGUAGGACUCAGUUACGGUGCCCACUCCAACCUCUGCAUCAACCAAAUUGUGCGCAAUGGGAAUGAGGCCCAGAAGGAGAAAUACCUCCCCAAGCUGAUCAGCGGUGAGUUCAUUGGAGCCUUGGCCAUGAGUGAGCCCAAUGCUGGCUCUGAUGUUGUCUCCAUGAAGCUCAAAGCAGAAAAGAAAGGAGAUGACUACAUCCUCAAUGGCAACAAGUUCUGGAUUACUAAUGGCCCUGAUGCUGACGUCCUUGUUGUCUAUGCCAAGACAGAUCUGGCUGCUGUGCCAGCUUCUCGGGGUAUCACAGCCUUCAUCGUGGAGAAGGGUUCCUUGGGUGCGGGCGAGAAUGAAAAGGAGACUCUUGAGGAGUCCGAUGGGAGAUUAGCUAAAAAGCAGUCUGGGGAAGAUGGGUCAAGUCCAAAGAUGGUGGAGCUGUCUACAGAGCCAGGAGAUCCAGAGAGGUCCAGGAAGAUGAGGACUGAAAAGAGGCCACUGGAUUUGGCAACCAGGACAUCGUUGGUGAACUUGGGCAUGCCUGGCUUCAGCACCUCCAAGAAGCUGGACAAGCUGGGGAUGAGGGGCUCUAACACCUGUGAGCUAAUCUUUGAAGACUGCCAAGUUCCUGCUACCAACAUCCUGGGCUGUUUGAGUAAGGGUGUCUACGUGCUGAUGAGCGGGCUGGACCUGGAGCGGCUGGUGCUGGCCGGCGGGCCCCUUGGGCUCAUGCAAGCCGUCCUCGACCACACCAUUCCCUACUUGCACAUGAGGGAAGCCUUUGGCCAGAAGAUUGGCCACUUCCAACUGAUGCAGGGGAAGAUGGCCGACAUGUACACCCGCCUCAUGGCAUGUCGGCAGUAUGUCUACAAUGUCGCCAAGGCAUGCGACGAAGGCCACUGCACUGCCAAGGACUGCGCGGGGGUGAUUCUUUACACAGCUGAAUGCGCCACACAGGUAGCCCUGGACGGCAUCCAGUGUUUCGGUGGCAAUGGCUACAUCAACGACUUCCCCAUGGGCCGUUUCCUGCGAGAUGCCAAGCUGUACGAGAUUGGGGCUGGAACCAGUGAAGUGAGGCGACUGGUCAUUGGCAGAGCCUUCAACGCAGACUUCCACUAGCCCCAAGACUCUUCAGCCCUUUUCCCAACACCUAGAUGCCUUUCUUUGGAAGUAGAGACCUGGCAGCUCUCCUGCCCUGCCCAAGGCAGCAAGCGCUGCUCCUGCUCAGCUGCCUGUCUCGCCUCGGCCCUCCAGCCUCUGCACUAAGCCCUGUGGGCCUCACCGCCGGGGCCAGUCAACCAGCCAGGAACAGUGUCCGGUGGCUUAAAAGCAUAUUGGCUUUUCUGGGGUUUGCUGGGAUGGGCUUUGGCGACUGUGCUCCUGCUCUCCAGUUUCUGAACCUAAUGCUCCCACCUCCCAGGGUGGGCAUCUGGGAACAGCCGGGUGGCCACCUUUCUUUUGGGUGCGUCUUUGGCCGGGAGCCUUCUCAAGUAAACCAGAAGCCUCAUGCCUGGCACAGGGUCCUCCCUAGGACAAUCAGAGCAUGAUUGCCAUUGUGGAUGGGAGCAAGGAGCCAACCACUUGCUGAGUUCAUGUUAGAUUUUCUCACUCACCUAACUGCCCUCUGAAUCGUGUUGUAAAUCAUGUCAGUGGUCUGACUUCCUUGUGGUUGGAUUAUGUAUAUUUGAAAUUUUCCAGUCUGCACUGGAUUUUGCAUCGGAAUUUCAGGCUGACUGUUCCCUUCUCAUUCUCUCUAUUUUGGGGAAAGAAAAGUUUCAGUAUUGCCAUCUCUAUUUACUCA